AGCCAGGCAUCAAGUCCCCAUCGAUGGCUCUGUGAAACAAGCGCGUUGUACCGUUUCCCAGACGGACAAGAAAAAGCUCCUGGGCGGCCCUUGCGGUCGGGAUGUCACUGCGUGCCCAGGCGUCCGACGGAGGAUCCUGAAGGGCGGGAAUCGGGCGUAGAGGGCAGAGGGCGUGGUGGGCAUAGUGCAGACAGCGAAAUGAACCUGUGCUGGAACGAAAUCAAGCGCAAGUCCCACAACAUCAGGGCACGCCUAGAGGCUCUCUCGGACAACAGCGGGAAGCUGCAGCUCUCCCUGCAGGAGAUCAUCGAAUGGCUGACGGUAAAGGAUGAAGAGCUAUCGGAGCAGCUGCCCAUAGGGGGCGAUGUGGGGGCCGUCCAGCACCAGAGGGAGUUCCAUCAGGCCUUCAUGGAGGAUGUGAAGUCUCGGGGCCCCUUCAUCUACUCAGUGCUGGAGUCAGCGCAGGCCUUCCUGUCACAGCACCCCUUCGAGGAGCCGGAGGAGACGCUCACCGACAGCAAAGAGGUGUCACCGCGGAGACGGAUCCUGAACGUGAGCCGCUCAGUGUGGAAGCAGGCCAACGUGGCAAGCGACCUGUGGGAGAAGCUAACGGCGCGCUGCGUGGACCGCCACCGGCACAUGGAGCGCACGCUGGAGAGGCUGCUGCAGGUGCAGGGGGCCAUGGGCGAGCUGGCCGUGGCGCUGGAGCAGGCCGAGGGCGUGCGGGACGCCUGGGAGCCCGUCGGGGACCUCUUCAUCGACUCGCUGCAGGACCACAUCGACGCCACAAAGCUGUUCAAGGAGGAGCUGACACAGGUGAAGGAGGGCAUGAAGCACAUCAACGACCUGGCGCACCAGCUGGCUAUCUCCGACGUCCAUCUGUCCAUGGAAAACGCCCGCUCCCUGGAGCACCUCAACAGCAGGUGGAAGCUGCUGCAGAGCUGCAUUGAGGAGAGGCUGAAACAGCUGCAGGACGCCCACAGAGACUUUGGACCCGGUUCCCAGCACUUCCUCUCCAGUUCUGUGCAGAUUCCAUGGGAACGUGCCAUAUCCCCCAAUAAAGUGCCAUAUUACAUCAACCAUCAGGCCCAGACAACCUGCUGGGACCACCCAAAGAUGACAGAGCUGUACCAGGCUCUGGCUGACCUGAACAACAUCAAGUUUUCUGCAUACCGGACGGCCAUGAAGCUGCGGCGAGUUCAGAAGGCCUUGCGAUUGGACGUCCUGACGCUGGCCAGCGUGGGGGACGUGUUCCGGGAAGAGGAGCUGCAGCAUGGGGAGCACAUCAUGGACGUGGUGGAGGUGAUCCACGCGCUGACCAGCCUGUACGAGCGGCUGGAGGAGGAGCGCGGUGUGCUGGUCAACAUCCCGCUCUGCGUGGACAUGUGUCUCAACUGGCUGCUCAACGUCUACGACAGCGGCCGGAACGGGAAGAUGCGUGUCCUCUCCUUCAAGACAGGCCUGGUGUGCUUGUGCAAUGCUGACGUGCAGGAGAAGUAUCGAUAUUUGUUCCGGCAGGUGUCGGGGCCGGGCGGGCUGACGGACCAGCGUCACCUGAGCCUCUUGCUGCACGAGGCCAUCCAGAUCCCCCGCCAGCUGGGCGAGGUGGCCGCCUUUGGGGGCAGCAAUGUGGAGCCCAGCGUGAGGAGUUGCUUCCGCAUGGCGCCAGGGAAGCCAGCCAUUGAGGUGUCUCACUUCCUGGAGUGGAUGAGCCUAGAGCCGCAGUCAGUGGUGUGGUUGCCAGUCCUGCACCGUGUGGCCGCGGCUGAGUCCGCCAAGCACCAGGCCAAGUGCUCUGUCUGCAAGCAGUGCCCCAUUAAGGGCUUCAGGUAUCGAAGCUUAAAGCAGUUCAACGUGGACAUCUGCCAGACCUGCUUCCUGACAGGCCGCACCACCAAGGGCAAAAAGCUGCACUACCCCAUCAUGGAGUACUACACCCCGACGACCUCUGGGGAGAAGAUGCGGGACUUUGCCAAGACGCUGAAGAACAAGUUUAGGUCCAAGCAGUACUUCAGCAAACACCCACAGAGAGGCUACCUGCCUGUGCAGUCUGUCCUGGAGGCUGAAAGUGUGGAGACGCCCUGCUCCUCUCCCAAGCUGCCCCACGCCGACACCCACUCCCGGAUCGAGCACUUCGCCAGCAGACUGGCAGAAAUGGAAAACCAGAACUGCUCCUUCUUUACUGACAGCCUCUCGCCAGACGAAAGCCUGGAUGAAGAUCAGUACCUCCUGCGUCACUCCAGCCCCGCCCUGGAGCAGGACUCCCUGACCAGCCAGCACAUCCUGGGCAACAUUAACUGUGAAGACAAGGAUGAGCUUCAGCGGACACUGGCCCGACUGGAGAAUGAGAACAGAGUGCUGCAGGGGGAGUACCGCCGCCUCAAGUGGAAGCACGAGGAAGCAGCCGACUCCUCUCACCUGACGGACGGGGGGCCCGGGUCGCCGGUGGGUCACCAGGACGAUGAGCUGCUGGCGGAGGCCCGUGUCUUGAGGCAGCACAAAACUCGGCUGGAGACUCGCAUGCAGAUCCUGGAGGACCACAACAAGCAGCUGGAGUCCCAGCUCUGUCGGCUCAGAGAGCUGCUGCUGCAGCCCAAAGACGAUUCGGAAGCCAAUGGGUCGGAGCCCUCCUCUUUGUCCUCCCCUGUGUCAGGGGGUGGCCACCAGGGGGAGAAACGGAGCAGAGAGACCCCUGACACAGAGGUUGCAGGGGACGACAUCGAUCAGGAACAACAGGACACGGUGCUACAGCUGCAGGAGGUGAUUGAGCAGCUAAGGAACGUCUUCCCCUCAGAACCUGGUGCCCAAUCAGUCAUCUAACACUGGAGCGGAGACUGAAGUGUGCAGCACCGCCCUCUUAGGCUGGGUUCCAGUGGACUGUCUUUACCCAGAGUGCACCAGGGGUCUGUCCUUGCAGCUCACGCGUAGCCAUGCCUGAUGAGCGUCAGACUGGAAAGCAUCCUUGGAUCUCUUUGCACUAGCCUCCAGGCAGCCCCGCCAAAGCCUCGCACUCGCUCAGACACUGUGUCG